ACAGUAGCCAGAUCCAGAAGUGAACAGCCUCAAACACAAACUAGAGAAGAUAGGUGCUAGCUUAGUGAGGUUAACCCGUAGGAUGUCGCUGGAAGACAGUUUCAAGGAGAGGGUAGCCAUGUGGCGCAGGGAACAUGACAUUAUUUACAACCAGCUCCCAGUGCUGCUAGAGAAGAUGGACAUCCUAUUUCCUGCGGAGAACAUGGAAAACUCGGAGCCUGAGAACAAAUCUGAAACAAAGAAUCUGGUCGCCCCGCUGCCAGCCGUGACGCCGGAGGAAAUAGGGGAGCGCUACAAGGAUCUGGAGGAGAGCAUCAGGGGAUUCAUCAAGGAUCUGGACGAGGCCGAGAAGGAGGAGGAGGAGGACGGAGGCACGAGCGAGGCGGCAUCGCCGUCUUCAGUGGACGAUGAGUAAUAAUCAAGAGCUGCAGGAGCAUCACAAGCUAGGACGAC